UUCAACUUGAAAUGAUACCUCUUGUAAGUAUCUGUGCCAGCGCCAAAUCUUAUAAUACGGUUAUAUAGUACACAUCCACCACUGAAGAUGCCUUCACUGUUUUCAUUGCCCCCCGAGCUCUUUCUCCAAAUCGUCUCCUACCUCCCUGUCAGCGCCAUCAGCAGUCUAGCACGAACAAACUCUACUGCAUCCGCUACUAUCAAGCCCAUGCUAUAUCGUAAGAAUAUCAUGGAAGUGACAUGCAAUUCCGCCUUUUCGAGCGCCGCAAACUACGCACUGAAAACGUGUGGUUCGCAUACGACCCCGCCCUCAUAACUUGCACCAAAUCACAGUACCAGUCCCGCCGUCGCUACCAGGUCUAUGAACAUGCUAACUACGGCCCUCUAGUCCGCGCCGUGCACCGCAGCGCCCACGAAAUCGUGAGCCUCCUGGUCAUGAUGGGGUUCGACCCCGCCGCCAAACCCGGCACCCCGCACCGCUGCCUUCUUGCAUACGCCGCUUCGAACGGGCAGUUGGAAAUUACAGAGGCGAUCCUUGACGGACUGCGAGCCUCCGAAAAGGGCUGCCCGACUUACUUCAUCGAGGAGGCAGUCUCCGCCGCGGCGACAAAUCGCCACCCUCUUGUGGUACGGCAUCUAUUGAAAAACGUACACAGGGAGUCGCGCACGCGCGCCAGUACCCUCAUUAGAGAACUCUGCCGCGCGAACCUCCCUGGGGCUAUUAUUGGGGGACGCAUCUCGGUAUGUCAGGCGCUGUUGGUGUGGCUGCGAACGGUGGACUUUUACGGUCAUCAAUUUCAUGGGACUCCGCUGCAACUCGCGGUCCGUCGUGGCCAUAGCACGAUUGUUCGCAUGUUGUUGAUGAAAGGGGCGAAGCCUGACCUUGUUCUUCCGCAGAUGAGCAUGGAGGAGGGGUCGCCUUUGACGGAGGCGGCUCGUUUGGGUUAUGAGGCUAUUAUUGACGCCCUUACUGUUGCAGGAGCGAAGGAUGACGUUCGGGAUGCUAGAGGGCUACACGCGAAAGACUACUUGAAACGGAACAAGGAGAGAAGAGAGCAGGAGGAGAGGGACAGACAACGGGCACGGGAGGCGCAGGCAGAGCAGCAAGAGGCUCUAAGGAGACUCAGUCGGGCCGAGCACACUUUUGACACACCUGGGACUAUCAAUGCGAGAAUGACUGCGACGUGCACGUGUGGCUCCAGCUAUUUUCAUGACAGAUAGUGGUUUGACUUAAAAAUGUACUACUACUGCAUUGGAGGACUUGGAUAGGACAUCAUGCUAGAUUGGUUGGGGGGUCGCUGUGCAUUAUAUAGACUGAUUUGAUUAUAUAUUUAGAUAUGGG